AUGGUUUGGAGUUUUAUAAUAAACGGCAACAAAAUCAACAAUAGUACCAUCUAUAACAUCGACCACCGGCUCAUUACCGCCAAGCUCGAGCACUAUGGGGUUCGCGGAUCAUCGUAUGAUCUAGUGUCAUCGUUCCUGUCAGGGCGCAGGCAGAUCACAGUUGUGGGGGGUGAACAGUCGUCUCCAGGUGAAAUAGGAGACCGCUCAGUGCCACAAGGCUCGAAUGUUGGUAACGUCCUCUUCCUGGUGAUGAUGAACGACCUCCCUCAUGUGACUGAGAAGGCGGAGUUUAUUAUGUACGCCGAUGAUAUCUGCGCCAUAGUCGCUGGUGAAACCGACCAAUCUCUCGCAGCUAAUGUUGUGUACACAAUGGAGGCGCUGAUUAAUUGGUUCACGAUAAACGGCAUGCAGGUCAACAUCGACAAAACUAAUCUCCUGUCCUUCUCGUUGCAUCGCUCCGCUGCUGAUUUGCCUGCGGUCAUCGUCCAGGACACUGCGGUGCCGUACGACACCUGCGCCAAGUUCGUGGGGUUCCAUUUUGACACUGGGCUGCAAUGGCACUAUCAUAUUGAUAGUGUCUGUGCAAAACUCAAUGGCGCCUUCUACGCUAUCUCACGGCUCGUCCCCACACUCUCGAGAGAAAACCUACUUAAGGCAUACUAUGGUUACUUCCAGAGUGCCUUAACAUAUGGUAUAGAGCUGUGGGGGCUGGCCGCUGAUCGAGAACGGCCUUUUCUCCUGCAGAAGAGGAUGGUGAGGCGCAUGAUGCGGGCGGCCCCGGACGAGCCGGCGCGCGCGCUGUUCCUGCAGCUGGGCGUGCUCACCGCGCCCUGCCUGUACGUGCUGGAGGUGGCCAAGUACGUGCGCCAGAACCUCGCCCACUUCACCCCCCUCUCCACCACUGCGAGGCUACAGAAUAGGCGGAAGAAUGACUUGACCCUAAACACAGCCCGCCUUGCUAAAACCGAGAAAACCGUGCAUAUAAUGGGUCCUAAAAUUUACAAUAAAAUCCCGGAUGACAUACGGGAGUCGCAAAGCUACUUUAGUUUUAAUUGUAAGCUAAAAAAAUAUUUGAGCAAGAAAGCAUACUACUCAGUAGACGAUUAUCUUAAUGAUAAAUUUUAA